CCACUCCCUUUUGGCUCCCAGGUCCAACCUGUUUUACCUGUCUUCACCUGCUGCCCUACCAUUUGGCAGCCCGCUGUACCUAGGGCGAGCUUCAGCACAGACACAGCUCUGUGGACGUCAAGAGUAGCAACUGUCCUUUUCCAAAUCCGCCCGCAUUACCAGAAGUACAACUUGUGACUGUGAAUCGAUUCGAGAGUCAACACAGGAUUCUUUGUCUGUCUAUUUGUAUUCCUUCAACAGAAACAGCGAAGUACGAGUAAGAAUGAAAACCAGCUUUGCAUUUACCUAGCCUAUGUGCUAAUUAGAGUUAAUACCAAACAGAGAAGGGCGGGAGUUGACGAGGAGGAGUAGUAGUAGGAGGAGAUGGAGGAGGGGGUGAUGGAAGCGGACGUCAGCACAGAUGACAUAGAGGCAAUCAUGGAGAACAUGGAGUACAUCCCGGGCUACUUCCACCUGGAGCUCAACCUCAACGGCAACCCGACAGGGCCCGUGGAUUUGCGGCAGCGGGACACCCACCUGAGGCUGGACGGCCUGCGGGCGGAGGUCGAGGCGGAGUCGGGGUACCUGCAGUACGCCGUCCGCAACCUCCUGGGCUUCCUGGCCUUCCACCUUGAGCAGCUGGAGGUCGCAGAGGAAAGGUUCAGAGACAUCUGUAAGGAAGACCCUGGGAACCUCAACGCCUGGGCCAACCUGGGCUACGUCUAUGACAAGCUGGGCCAGGAGGUGGAGGCGGGGGAGUGUGUGGAGAAGGUGUCCCAGCUGAUGGGCCUGGACGGCGGGGAGGCGUGUCAGGAGGAGUCCCGGCUGCUGGCGGCCCGCUGCCUGGCCGAGCAGGCCUACGUCCAGCCCUAUGACGUGGAGCUAGACACUGAGGAGGAGCAGAGAGACCGACUGAGCACGGCACUAACCCUGUACAACCGGGCCCUGGACUACGCAGGGGAUCUGAUACAACUGGAAGAAAAAAGAAGUUGGUAUUUUAAAAUGGCAACCAUUUACAUCAGGCUAGAUGACAUAGUGAAGACCAAGAAUGAUUCUGAAUAUUCCAGGCUUUCCCACUACAACAAGGGACUUAGGCUUCUGACUGAAGCACUCAAGUCAAAGAAAACACAGCUCAAAGCUCUUUCCUGGUGUUAUAUUGGCAUCAUGCUGGAAAAGAAGGAGGAGUUCUCCACGGUGCCCAUGUCUAUACAUGACUGUGGUCUCUCCGGCUCAGACCCCCUGUCCUGCCACGGAACCGCCAUAAAGCUGGCCAGCGACAAUGCGUUCGUCCUGAACCUCCUUGCCAAGCUGUUUUUCGUGCUGGGGAAACAGGAGAUGUCCAUGGGGAUCUGUAAUAUGGCUCUCAGCGUGCUGCCAGACCCUGAGCUCAACUACCAGGCCUACUGCACCCGGGCCAAGAUCAACGUGAUGGCUUACGUGAGGGACCUGGAGAGGUACAAGCAGGGAGAGGGAGGGAUCCCGGACAGACAGCAGCUGGCCGAAGCGAAGAGGGACCUUGACAAAGUCCUACACGUACACCCCUGCCUGAGGACACACAUGGAGAUGGCUCAGGUGCUGUACUACUCGGGUGUUGAUGCGCUUCAGGAAAGCCUGCUGGUGGACGAGGGAGCGGUGAACAGCGCCCUCGUGAGCAUAUCCCAGUCCCUGCAGCAGGAGCCGGGCCCCAGCCUCCCAGACCUCCACCUGCUCCGGGGCCGCUGCCUCCUCCUGAAGGGAGAGGAGCAGAACGCUGCAGACUGCUUCAAGAGAGCGAUGGAGCUGGAGAGGCCCGGGAGCGCUGACCCCACGGCUCUGCGCUGCCUGCUGGAGUCUCUCCUGGCACUGUUCGCCCAGGGAGGCCCCGAACCCGGCCCGGGGCCCGUGGUCACCCAGCUUGAAGAGUCGCUGCACAGGGCAGAACAGAGGUAUACCGAAAAGGUGGUGCAGGAUGAGCUGAGGCACCUGUAUCGCUCGCACACCGCUGAGGUCACAGAGCUGUCUCGAGCUCUGAUUAAAGCGGGCCGGCUGGACCUCGUGAGGCGGCUCCUGGAGGCCUUACAGCCGAAGCUGCCCAGUAGAAAGAAAGUGCUUUUCAAGUCUUAUUCCAUCGCGUGAAUCAAGUGUAUUAUUCGCACCAUCCAUUCUUUCUUUCUUUCUUUCUUUCUUUCUUUCUUUCUUUCUUUCUUUCUUUCUUUCUUUCUUUCAUGUUUAUUUCGAAUAUGUAGACAAAACAAAAACUUCUUUUUUUUUGCAAAAAACAACAACAAUAAAGCCAGUCAAGAAUGAAUAACAAAAACAAAAUAAUGAUAGUAAUAGUAAAAAUAAAAAGCAAAAAGAAACAAGAAAUAAAAAAGUUUUUUUAUUGAUAACAACAUUGGCAUAUACUGAUCAAAACAGGACGGUACAAAAAAAAAGCCUAUAAUGCAAUCAAACGAUGAACAUACAAAGAUAUGCCUUGAACAUAGCAGUCAGGCUACUGCUUCUUUGUUUUGAGCCCAAAAAAAAUAAAAAAAUAAAAAAACAUUUUUCUUUUUAAAUAAUAAUUUGCGUUAAUCGCGCGUUAAAAAAGAUUGACGCCGUUAAAAUUGGUUUGCGUUAACGCCGUUAAUAACGCGUUUAACUGACAGCUCUAAUAAAAAUGUUAUGUUAUAAAAAUAAAUAUACAUAUAAGUAUGUACAUAUAUAUAUCUACAACAUACAUUUAACAAGUAACAGUAUGAACCAUUCAAACUUAAUGAAUCACCUCACCACCGCAUCUUUUACACUUUCAGUCUCCCAACAGGCUGAGAGAGCGCAACACGCUUCACAUGUGGUCUGAUUAUAUAAAAAGCAGAUUGGACCAAACACAAUUCCUAAAUGAAAUAUUGAAUAUUGAAAAGUUUGAAGCUCAAUCCAAUCAAAGCAUUGUGUAAAUGAUAAUACACUUUAAAUUUAAAUAAUUGUUUUGUAUUGCAUUUUUUGAUGUGUGUUAUGUUAUUAUGUUUUAUAUGUAGCAGAUUAAAUAACCUGACACGUUUCUGUAA